CCUUUUCUCCGCCUCCGCAGCCUCCACAGACGCCCCCAUAUAUCCCCAGAUCCUAGGGUUUUUGUAGGGUUUUCAUCUCCAUAGAUCCUUCAUUUUCAAGCUCCUUUUUAGUUCCCAAUGGCGAAAUCCUCUGCUGGAGGAAGUGGUAUCCCUGGCUCGCCCACUGCUGUACGGAUUGUUGUGGCUGGUGAAAAGGGUACUGGAAAAUCUAGCUUGAUUGUCGCCGCAGCCACUGAUACAUUUCCCCCCAACGUCCCUCCUGUUCUGCCCGAUACCAGGUUGCCGCCUGAGUUUUUUGCUGAGCGCAUUCCAAUCACCAUUGUUGACACUUCCUCGAGACCUGAAGAUAGAGGCAAGCUUGCAGAGGAACUGAAGCUGGCUGAUGCGGUUGUUUUGACAUAUGCUUGCGAUCGACCUGAGACUCUUGAUCGGUUGAGUGAAUACUGGCUUCCGGAGCUUCGGCAAUUAGAGGUGAAAGUUCCUAUCAUAGUAGCUGGGUGUAAGCUUGACAUGAGAGAUGACAACAAUCAGGUUAGCCUCGAACAGGUGAUGUCACCGAUAAUGCAACAGUUCCGGGAGAUUGAGACAUGCAUCGAGUGUUCUGCACAGAAGCUAAUCCAGGCCCAUGAAGUUUUCUUCUACGCACAGAAAGCUGUUCUUCACCCCACAGGACCUCUGUUUGAUCAAGAAACACAGUCUCUGAAACCCCGGUGUGUCAGAGCGUUGAAGCGUAUAUUUAUUCUCUGCGACCAUGACAGAGAUGGUGCUCUCAGCGAUGCUGAAUUGAACGACUUUCAGGUCAAAUGCUUCAAUGCACCGCUGCAGCCUUCUGAAAUUGAAGGUGUUAAGAGGGUUGUGCAAGACAAAUUGCCAGAAGGAGUCAACGACAGAGGACUGACAUUGACCGGUUUUUUGUUUCUACACGCACUUUUUAUUGAGAAAGGGCGGCUUGAGACAACCUGGACUGUUCUUAGGAAGUUUGGGUAUAAUAAUGACAUAAGACUUGCUGAUGAAUUGAUUCCGUAUUCAGCAUUCAAGCGUGCAUCUGAUCAGAGUGUUGAGCUGACAAAUGUAGCUAUUGAAUUCCUGAGGGGAAUCUAUGACUUGUUUGACGGUGAUGGUGACAAAAACCUGAGACCUCAAGAGAUUGAGGAUCUAUUUUCGACUGCGCCUGAGAGUCCUUGGAAGGAGGCUCCUUAUGUUGAUGCGGCGGAGAAAACUGCCCUUGGAGGAUUAUCUGUUGAUGCUUUCCUGUCACUGUGGUCACUGAUGACACUUUUAGAUCCAGCAAGGAGUGUGGAGUAUUUGAUUUACAUUGGCUUCCCGGCCGAUCCAUCGUCUGCCAUCCGUGUUACGAGGAGAAGACGCUUAGACCGUAAGAAGCAACAGUCGGAAAGAAAAGUUUUCCAGUGCUUCGUUUUUGGACCCGAGAAUGCUGGGAAAUCUGCGUUACUGAACUGUUUUCUUGGAAGGUCGUAUUCUGACAAUCAUGGAUCGGGUACCAAUGACCGUUAUGCAGUGAAUGUGGUUGAUGAAUCUGGGGGUGGAAAGAAAACUCUCGUGCUGAAGGAAAUACCGGAAGAAGGGGUUAAAGGACUGCUUGCAUCCAAAGAAUCAUUGGCUGUGUGUGAUAUAGCUGUCUUUGUGUAUGACAGUUCAGAUGAGUUGUCAUAUAAGAGAGCGACUGAAUUGCUUGUGGAAGUAGCAACACAUGGGGAGGACACCGGCUUUGAGGUUCCUUGCCUCAUGGUUGCUGCAAAGGACGAUCUUGAUUCAUUCCCCAUGGCCGUACAAGAAUCCACCAGGGUUACACAGGAUAUGGGAAUCGAGGCUCCGAUCCCGAUCAGCUCGAAGCUAGGUGAUUUUAGUAACUUGUUCCGCAAGAUAUUGAUGGCAGCAGAGCAUCCGCAUUUGAGUAUCCCGGAGACUGAAGCUAGGAAGAGCCGCAAACAUUACAGCAGGCUAAUCAACCGCUCUCUCAUGGUCGUUUCGGUUGGAGCUGCGGUUGCCGUUGUUGGGCUGGCGGCGUACCGAGUCUACGCAGCAAGAAGGAACACCUCUAGCUGAAGAAGGCUAAGAUCUUCAUCAGCCUUUGCUCGUCUCUUGAGGUAUGAACACUACCAGAAUGGAAGAGACAGAGAGAAAAGAUUACCUGAUCCCUUUGUCCCGAGUCGUUUUUGUCUUUUCAAGUUUCAACUCAGAACCGAUGUUGUUUUAGCUCCCUCUUGGAGAAAGUGUGGCACUCACUCUCUUUUGGAUCGUGGAAGAGCUUUUGUACAAAAAAAAAAAAG